AUGAGUUUAAAGCCCGAAAAAGAUAAAGUCAAACAGCUACAGGACAAAUGCCAGUCAGUGUUGAAUAGUCUGUUAAGGGAUGAAGAUAAUAAAUAUUGUGUAGAUUGUGAUUCUAAAGGUCCAAGAUGGGCUUCAUGGAAUAUAGGUGUCUUUCUCUGUAUUCGUUGUGCAGGAAUACACAGAAACUUGGGGGUGCACAUUUCCAAAGUGAAAUCAGUCAACUUGGACUCUUGGACACCAGAACAAGUAGUAUCUCUCCAACAAAUGGGAAAUUCUAGGGCAAGAGCAGUGUAUGAAGCUAACCUUCCUGAUAAUUUCAGAAGACCACAAAGUGAUUCUAGCUUAGAAACUUUCAUCAGGGCCAAGUAUGAGCACAAAAAAUAUAUUGCCAGAGAGUGGGUACCUCCUACCAUGCCCAAAGUGAAUUGGGAGAAAGAAAUUGAUGAUGAAAUUGAGAAACAAAAACGAAAAAAGAAGACUAUUGUUGAGAAGAAGUCUUUGAGUUCUGUGGAGGUUCCUCAGCUGCCAAAACCCACUAACCCCAGUCCUAAACCUGCUAGAUCCACUAAUGGUACUUUAGAUACUAGCAACAAAGAGAAAAAAGAUAAAAAGGACAGUGACUUACUGGGAUUCCAAAAUGGGGAUGACAGCUUCAGUGGUUUUGUUUCUGCACCUACCACUGUGGAUCCCAAACCAGAAAAGCUAGAGCCCCAGCCAGACUUGGCCAAAAAUGAGGAGGAAAGUUUUUUCAAUCAAGUAAUACCAGCAGAAAAAGAGAAAGUGAAGCUGGAUAAAAAUGGUAUUCUAGCAUUGUAUGCUAAUGGCCCUAGUAACAACUUCAACCAGUUUCCACAAGUUACUUAUCCCGCUGCACAGCCCCCUUUCCAGGCCUUCGCCCCCUUCCAGCAGCAGGCGCAGCCCCAGCCGCCGUUUGCUCCCAUUCAGACCGGAAUCGGCCAGCUGCCCAACCACUGGCCGCAGCAGCAAUGGGGCAAGCAGGCGCAGAUCGCAGGCGCGCCUGCGCAGGGGCAGUUGCAGUUCAAUAUGACGGGAGCCCCACAGGUUCCAACCCAAUUCAACGCCAACCCCGCCAUGGGCGGCUUCCCACCGCCGGCCGCUCCCGCCCAGUUCUACCAGCCGCCCUUCGCCGCGGGCGGCCCAGACCGCCAGCCGCCCAACCCGUUUUUCGCCGCGCAGAAUCUGCAGCAGCAAUUCGGGGCACUCAACCUCGACAACCGGCCCGCCAACGCGGGUAACGCGUGGCCGUAAGGGGGGCCAAGGGGGGCAG